UUUCCGGGGGUUGAAUGGCCGGCCGGUGGGGAUACAGUGGAGAAAGAAAAAGCCCGACCUAUAACGUGCCCUUCAUUUGAUUCAUCCGCCUCAACACACACUGCUGUUACGAAUCAAAAUUCUUGAUAGAGGAAUCCCCCAAGACGUACGGGGCCAGUGCCUGGAGACCCCGCGAACGGGGAAAGUCGGGGGAGCAGAAUUUGUUGCUGAAAGUGACUCUCUUGUCUCAUCUCGACUCCACAGAGGUCGAUAUAAAGGCCAGUCAAUCUCCCCGUGGACUGCAGAGAGUUGUGCUGCAUCAAUCUCACCAUGGCGUCCGAAUCCCCCAAAUAUCUCGGGCUCUCUGGAAAGGCCCUGCACUGGGCCCAGGUGGCUCUGAUAGGUGCCCCUGCCUUCAUUGUCUUUGGAUACAACCAAGCUGGUGUCGGUCCCCUGGCGACUCUCCAGAGCUGGGUCAAGACCUUCCCUCAGAUCGAUACGAUUAACACGACCGGAUCGCUCGAAGCACACCAUUCCACCAGCAAGGGUGCUGUCAUUGCCUCGUUCCAGAUCGGAGCCCUCAUCGGAGCUCUGUCUUGCACGCUGAUCUCGGACCGGCUGGGUCGCCGGAAGACCAUAUUCCUCGGUUCUAUCCUCGCAAUCGUUGGAGAGAUCCUCCAAGUGGCAUCCUAUGGAUUAGUGCAAUUCGUUAUCGGCCGUAUUAUACUGGGUAUGGGCGUUGGUCAGUACAGUGUUGCUGUACCGGUAUGGCAGUCGGAGUGUUCGUCGGCAAAGAACAGAGGACAGCAUGUCAUCAUCGAUGGAAUCUUCAUGUGUCUUGGAUACUCGCUGUGCAACUGGAUCGAUUUCGGUCUGAGUCGUAUCCCCGAGAGCACGACGCAAUGGCGGGUCCCGCUUGCCCUGUCGCUCCUCCCUGCCCUUGUCAUCCUCCUUUCUGUCUUUUGGCUCCCAGAAUCACCGCGGUGGCUGGUCCAGGUCAACCGCGUCGAGGAAGCAACCCACUCGCUUGCAUCCCUAAAAGGACUGUCACUCAACGACGAGGGGAUCCGGGCCGAAAUCUCCGGUAUUGAAUCGUCCCUCGAGUUGACUGCGCAAUCCAAAGGCUCUUUGAUGGAGAUGUUCGACCCCAAUGACCAGGAGCGGCUAUUCUACCGCUUCUGUCUGUGCAUCAUCCUGCAGUUCUUCCAGCAGAUGUGCGGUGGUAACCUGAUCUCCGUCUAUGCCUCAACGAUAUUCGAGCAGAACCUUGGCCUCAGCGCCAGCCUGUCCAAGAUCCUUGCCGCCUGUGCACUGACCUGGAAAUUCUUCUGCUGCUUCAUCGCCUUCUUCACCAUCGACCGGCUCGGCCGUCGCGUCGUCUUCAUGAUCAGUGGCACGGGCAUGGCCUUCUGCAUGAUCGCUCUGGCCAUCACCAACAGCCGCGACACGGAUAACAAGGGCGCGUCCAUCGCCUCCGUCGUCUUCAUCUUCCUCUUCAACCUCUUUUACCCUAUCGGCUUCCUCGGCGGUAACUUCCUCUACUGCACGGAAGUAGCUCCCGUCCGCCUGCGCGUCGCCAUGUCGUCCAUCUCGACGGCGAACCACUGGCUAUGGAACUUUGUCGUCGUGAUGGUCACCCCCAUCGCACUGGAUACCAUCGGCUACCAGUACUACGUCAUGUAUGCUGUGCUGUCCGCGUGUAUCCCCUUGCUGGUGUACUUCUUCUAUCCCGAGACCAUGAACCGCAACCUGGAGUUGCUGAACCAUGUUUUCCGGGAUGCGUCGUCCCCGUGGGAGAUUGUCUCGAUGGCGAAGCAUCUGCCUCAGGGUGAGGUCACCGAGGUGGACCUGAUGGAGAUGAACAAGAAGGGCGAUGGGUGCUCUGUUGAGAUGGCGGAGAAGGUCUAGUGAGGCUCUGUGCCAUAAAGAAAUGUAUAUAGAAUGAGUCGCGCGCUGCAUUAUGGUUGAUAUAUCUGCAUUUGAUUGUGGACAUUGCGAUG